AUGUCUGACUCAGUAAUUCUUCGCAGCGUGAAGAAAUCUGGAGAGGACAAUCAUGGUUUUGAGUCAGAUAGAUCAUAUGACAAUGAUAAGAAAUCAAAGUUAGAAGAUAAGAAGAAGAAAGGUGGCAGCAGUCAAAUUGGCUUCUUUCAAUUGUUUCGAUUUUCUUCAAAGACUGACAUUUGGCUGAUGUCUGUGGGAAGUUUAUGUGCAUUUCUCCAUGGAGUAGCCUAUCCAGGCGUCCUACUGAUUUUUGGCACAAUGACAGAUGUUUCUAUUGAGUAUGACAUGGAAUUACAAGAACUCAAGAUCCCUGGAAAAGCAUGUGUGAAUAACACGAUAGUAUGGACCAACAGCUCCCUCUACCAGAACGUGACAAAUGGAACGCGCUGUGGGUUUCUGGACAUUGAAAGUGAAAUGGUCAAGUUUGCCAGUUACUAUGCUGGCAUCGCUGUCGCGGUACUUGUCACAGGAUAUAUUCAAAUAUGCUUUUGGGUAAUUGCUGCAGCUCGCCAGAUACAGAAAAUGAGAAAACUGUACUUUAGGAGAAUAAUGAGAAUGGAAAUAGGAUGGUUCGACUGCAAUUCAGUGGGAGAGCUGAAUACAAGAUUUUCUGAUGAUAUUAACAAAAUCAAUGAUGCCAUUGCCGACCAGAUGGCCAUUUUCAUUCAGCGCAUGACCACGAGCGUCUGUGGGUUCCUGCUGGGAUUUUACCGGGGUUGGAAACUGACCUUGGUUAUUAUCUCUGUCAGCCCUCUCAUUGGGAUUGGAGCAGCCGUCAUUGGUCUGAGUGUGUCCAAGUUUACAGACCAUGAAUUGAGGGCCUAUGCCAAAGCAGGGGCAGUGGCUGAUGAAGUCAUCUCAUCUAUUCCAACAGUGGCUGCUUACGGUGGUGAGAAAAAAGAGGUUGAAAGGUAUGAGAAAAAUCUUGUGUUUGCCCAGCGUUGGGGAAUUAGAAAAGGGAUAGUGAUGGGAUUCUUUACUGGAUUCAUGUGGUGUCUCAUCUUCUUGUGUUACGCUCUGGCCUUCUGGUACGGCUCCAGACUCGUCCUGGAUGAUGGAGAAUAUACAGCAGGAACCCUUGUCCAGAUUUUCCUCAGUGUCAUAGUAGGAGCUUUAAAUCUUGGCAAUGCCUCUUCCUGUUUGGAAGCCUUUGCAGCUGGCCGUGCAGCAGCCACCAGCAUUUUUGAGACAAUGGACCGGAAACCCCUCAUUGACUGCAUGUCAGAAGAUGGUUACAAGUUGGAUCGAAUUAAGGGUGAAAUUGCAUUCCAUAAUGUGACCUUCCACUAUCCUUCCAGACCAGAGGUGAAGAUUUUAAAUAACUUAAGCAUGGUCAUUAAAUCAGGGGAAAUGACAGCUAUGGUAGGAUCCAGUGGAGCUGGGAAAAGCACGGCACUGCAGCUCAUUCAGCGAUUCUAUGACCCCAGUGAAGGCAUGGUGACCUUGGAUGGCCAUGACAUUCGCUCUCUUAACAUUCAGUGGCUUAGAGCUCAGAUCGGGAUAGUGGAGCAAGAGCCUGUUUUGUUUUCCACCACCAUUGCAGAGAAUAUUCGCUAUGGCAGAGAAGAUGCAACGAUGGAAGAUAUAGUCCGAGCUGCCAAGGAAGCCAAUGCCUACAGCUUCAUCAUGGACCUGCCACAGCAAUUUGACACUCUUGUUGGAGAAGGAGGAGGCCAGAUGAGUGGCGGCCAGAAACAAAGACUAGCCAUUGCUAGAGCCCUUGUCCGAAACCCGAAGAUCCUACUUUUGGACAUGGCCACCUCGGCACUGGACAAUGAGAGUGAAGCCAUGGUGCAAGAGGCACUGAGUAAGGUUCAGCAUGGGCUCACAAUCAUUUCUGUCGCUCAUCGCCUAUCCACGGUUAGAGCUGCAGACGUCAUUAUUGGUUUUGAACGUGGUACAGCAGUGGAAAGAGGCACCCAUGAAGAACUGUUGGAAAGGAAAGGAGUUUACUUCACUCUAAUGACUUUGCAAAGUCAAGGAGAUCAAGCCUUUAAUGAAAAAGACAUAAAGGGAAAAGAAGAAACUGAAGAUACCUUACUUGAGAGAAAACAGACCUUUAGCAGAGGGAGCUACCAAGCUAGCUUAAGAGCUUCCAUCCGGCAACGGUCCAAGUCUCAGCUUUCUUACCUGGGACCUGAACCUCCAUUAGCACUUGUAGAUCAUAAGUCUACUUAUGAAGAGGACAGAAAGGACAAGAACAUUCCUGUGGAAGAAGAAAUUGAACCUGCCCCAGUUAGGAGGAUUCUGAAAGUUAAUGCUCCAGAAUGGCCCUACAUGCUGGUAGGCGCUGUGGGCGCAGCUGUCAAUGGGACAGUCACACCCUUCUAUGCCUUCUUCUUCAGCCAGAUUCUUGGGAUUUUUUCAAUUCCUGAUAAAGAAGAACAAAGGUCACAGAUCCAUGGUGUGUGCCUGUUUUUUGUAGCAAUAGGCUGUGUAUCUUUUUGCACUCAAUUUCUGCAGGGAUAUGCUUUUGCUAAAUCCGGGGAACUCCUCACAAAAAGGCUACGUAAAUUGGGUUUCAGAGCAAUGUUAGGGCAAGACAUUGGCUGGUUUGAUGACCUCAGAAAUAGCCCUGGAGCACUGACAACAAGGCUUGCUACAGAUGCUUCUCAAGUUCAAGGGGCUGCCGGCUCUCAGAUUGGGAUGAUGGUCAAUUCCUUCACUAACAUCACCGUGGCCAUGAUCAUCGCCUUCUUCUUUAGCUGGAAGCUAAGCCUGGUCAUAGUGUGCUUCUUCCCCUUCCUGGCUUUAUCGGGAGCCAUACAGACCAAAAUGUUGAUGGGAUUUGCCACUCAUGACAAGCAGGCUCUGGAGGUCACAGGACAGAUUACAAACGAAGCCCUCAGUAAUAUUCGCACUGUGGCUGGGAUUGGAAAGGAGAGGCAGUUUAUAGAAGUGUUUGAGACUGAACUGGAGAAGCCAUACAAGACAGCCAUCCGAAAAGCAAAUGUUUACGGAUUCUGCUUUGGUUUUUCCCAGUGCAUUGUGUUUGUUGCUAAUUCUGCUUCCUACAGAUAUGGAGGUUACUUAAUUCCCAAUGAGGGGCUCCAUUUCAGCUAUGUGUUCAGGGUGAUCUCUUCAGUUGUACUGAGUGCGACAGCUCUUGGGAGAGCCUUCUCUUAUACCCCAAGUUAUGCCAAAGCUAAAAUCUCAGCCGCACGCUUUUUCCAACUGCUGGACCGACAACCCACAAUCAAGGUGUAUAGUAGUGCGGGUGAAAGAUGGGACAACUUCCAGGGGCAGAUUGACUUUGUUGACUGUAAAUUUACAUAUCCUUCCCGACCUGAUAUACAAGUUCUGAAUGGUCUCUCAGUGUCUGUUGGUCCAGGGCAAACCCUGGCAUUUGUUGGAAGCAGUGGAUGUGGUAAAAGCACCAGUAUUCAGCUGUUGGAACGUUUCUAUGAUCCUGACCAAGGGAAGGUGAUGAUAGAUGGGCAUGACAGCAAAAAUGUAAACGUCCAGUUUCUCCGCUCAAAGAUUGGAAUCGUUUCCCAGGAACCAGUGUUGUUUGCCUGUAGCAUAGUGGACAAUAUCAAGUAUGGAGACAACACCAAAGAAAUCCCCACAGAAAAAGUCAUAGAAGCCGCAAAGCAGGCUCAGCUGCAUGACUUUGUCAUGUCCCUUCCAGAGAAAUAUGAAACUAAUGUUGGGUCCCAGGGGUCUCAACUCUCUCGAGGGGAGAAACAACGCAUUGCUAUUGCUCGGGCCAUCAUACGAGAUCCUAAAAUCUUGCUACUAGAUGAAGCUACUUCUGCCUUGGACACAGAAAGUGAAAAGACGGUGCAGGUCGCCUUGGACAAAGCCAGAGAAGGUCGGACCUGCAUUGUCAUUGCCCAUCGUUUGUCCACCAUCCGGAACUCGGAUAUCAUUGCUGUCAUGUCACAGGGGAUAGUAAUUGAAAAGGGGACCCAUGAAGAACUGAUGGCCCAGAAAGGAGCCUACUACAAACUAGUCACCACAGGAGCCCCCAUCAGUUGA